AUGGCGAUAGCAAAGGCGACGAAGACCAAGGCCUACUUCAAGAGAUACCAAGUCAAAUACCGCAGAAGGAGAGCGGGGAAGACUGACUACCGCGCGCGCCUGCGCCUGGUGACCCAGGACAAGAACAAGUACAACACUCCCAAGUACCGCUUCGUUGUCCGCUUCACGCGCAAGGACAUCAUCACGCAGGUCACCUAUGCCACCAUGGCGGGUGACGUCGUCGUGUGCGCCGCCUACGCGCACGAGCUGCCCCGCUACGGGCUUAAGGCCGGCCUGACCAACUACGCCGCUGCGUACUGCACGGGGCUGCUGUGCGCGCGCAGGAUGCUGCAGAAGUUCGGCAUGGACAAGGAGUACGAGGGCAUCGCCGAGGCGACGGGCGAGGACUACAACGUGGAGCAGGGCGAGGGCCGUGCCCCCUUCAAGGCGCUGCUGGACGUGGGCCUCGUGCGCACCACCACGGGCAACCGCGUCUUCGGCGCCCUCAAGGGUGCGUGCGACGGCGGCAUGGAGAUCCCCCACAGCGACAAGCGCUUCCCCGGGUUCAUGAACGACGGCAAGGGCGGGUCCGCCAGCCUGGACGCCGAGGUGCACCGCAAGUACAUCUUCGGCGGACACGUCGGCGAGUACAUGGAGAUGCUGGAGGAGGAGGAGCCGGAGAAGUACCAGUCGCACUUCGCCAAGUUCCUGGGCGAGGGAGUGGACGCGAGUGGGCUGGAGGAGAUGUACCAGGCCGUGCACGCUGCCAUCCGUGAGGACCCCUCCGCCAAGCUCACCGAGAAGAAGCCGCCUGCUGAGAAGCGCAGCUGGAAGAUGAAGAAGCUGACGUACGAGCAGAGGAAGGCCAACCUUGUGCAGCGUCUCGAGGCAUUCAACAAGGGCGACGAGGAGUAG